AUGAACACUCCUUCACCUAAUCUCCAGUUGGUGGGUCAACUUCUUACUCAAGCCAAGGUUUUAUUAAUCCCUCUUGGAGCUUUCACACCAACUAUUGGCAAGAUAAAUGCUGAUUCAAUGACAACUGCACGUGACAUUCUCGAAAUUGGAGCUUAUUAUAGUGUUCGUGUCAAGGAUAUUGCUUCCUUUGAAAGAUACAUUGCACAAUUGAACACUUACUAUCAUGAUCUUUCUUCCCAACUUCCUCCUUCUCAGCAGAUGUACCCUCUCAUUGGCUUGAAUCUACUUCGACUAUUAUCACAAAACAAAUUAUCUGAAUUUCACACAACCCUUGAAAGCAUUGACCUUGAUCAAUUACAUUCAAAUCCAUUUAUUAAACAAGCUGUUGACUUGGAACAAUAUUUAAUGGAAGGCAGCUAUAAUAAAGUUUGGAGUGCUAGAGGUUCUGUGAAAGGAGAAGAGUUUACGUUUUUCUACGAUAUCUUGAUGAACACCACUAGACAUGAAAUUGCCAACUGCAGCGAAAAAGCGUAUGAAUAUCUUCCCUUAAAUGAUGCCUGUACCUUAUUAUUCCUAAAGAAUACCGAAGAGUUGCUUAGCUUUGCUUCCGAACGUGGAUGGAAAUUGAAUCCAGCCGAACAAAAGGUCUACUUUACUACAGAAGAUGACAGUAUUGUAGAGAUUCCUCAAGAGCAGACGAUCACGCGUACCUUAGGUUAUGCUAAAGAACUCGAACGUAUUGUAUAA